GGUAAAAAAUAGAAGACCAAACUGUUGAAAUUCAAGCAUAAAAACCCCACAUUCUCCCUCACUUCCUUCAGCACUGCUUCCAUUUUCUUCCCAAUUAGAAAGACUCUUUUGUUUCCUCUCUUUCUUCCUCAGCCCCCAUGGAUCCUUACAAGUAUCGGCCUUCAAGUGCGUACAACACCCCAUUCUGCACAACAAACUCCGGCGCACCAGUAUGGAACAACACCGCCGUGAUGUCCGUCGGAGAACGCGGCCCAAUCCUGUUGGAAGACUACCAACUCAUCGAGAAAAUCGCGACCUUCACCCGCGAAAGAAUCCCAGAACGAGUAGUCCACGCUCGAGGAGCCAGCGCCAAAGGUUUCUUUGAAGUGACCCACGACAUCUCGGACUUAACCUGUGCCGACUUCCUCCGUGCCCCCGGUGUCCAAACCCCGGUCAUCGUCCGUUUCUCCACCGUCAUCCACGAACGUGGGAGCCCCGAAACCCUGCGUGACCCCCGUGGAUUCGCCGUCAAAUUCUACACACGUGAAGGCAACUUCGAUUUAGUGGGCAACAAUUUCCCCGUCUUCUUCGUCCGUGACGCUAUGCAGUUCCCCGACGUCAUCCGCGCCUUCAAACCCAACCCAAAAUCCCACAUCCAAGAGCCCUGGAGAUUCCUCGAUUUCUGCUCUUACCAUCCGGAAAGCCUCCUUUCCUUCGCUUGGUUUUACGAUGACGUGGGCAUCCCAAUCAAUUACCGCCACAUGGAAGGCUUCGGCGUCCAAGCCUACUCCCUGAUCAACAAGGCUGGCAAAGCCCGUCUUGUUAAAUUCCAUUGGAAACCCACUUGCGGUGUGAAGAGCAUGCUGGAGGACGAGGCGGUUAGGAUCGGUGGCACCAAUCACAGUCACGCAACUCAGGACUUAUACGAGUCGAUUGCAGCUGGGAAUUUCCCUGAAUGGAAGCUUUACAUUCAGACCAUCGAUUAUGAGGAUCAGAACAAUUAUGAUUUUGAGCCCUUGGAUACCACCAUUCAAUGGCCUGAGGAUGUGAUACCGUUGCAGCCCGUGGGCAGAUUGGUGUUGAAUAAGAAUAUUGAUAAUUUCUUUGCGGAGAAUGAGAUGUUGGCGUUUUCCAUGUCCUUGGUGCCCGGGAUUCAUUACUCCGAUGAUAAGAUGUUGCAAGCUAGAAGCUUUGCUUAUGCGGAUACCCAGAGGCAUCGCCUUGGACCUAACUAUCUCCAGUUGCCAGUGAAUGCUCCUAAAUGUCCUCAUCAUAAUAACCACCAUGAGGGAUUCAUGAACUUCAUGCAUAGAGAUGAGGAGGUGAAUUAUUUCCCUUCGAGAUAUGAUCCUUGUCGCCACGCUGAGAAGUUCCCAAUGCCACCCAAUGUGUUGAGCGGAAAAAGAGAAAGGUGUGUAAUUCCCAAAGAGAAUCAUAACUUCAAGCAAGCUGGAGACAGAUACCGAUCAUGGGCACCGGAUAGGCAAGAACGGUUCGUGAGGCGGUUUGUGGAGGCAUUAUCGGACCCCCGCGUCACACACGAGGUUCGCAACAUAUGGAUCUCGUAUUGGACUCAGGCUGACAGAUCAUUGGGCCAAAAGAUAGCGUCUCGUCUAAAUGUCAGGCCAAGCAUCUAAGAAAGACCCAACAUAUUGGCCAAUGCUUGGUCUUUCCUUCUUCAUUUCCAUGAAGCUUCAGAAUGUGUAAUGUUAAUAUGUAUGAAUUUAAUCUUGGAGGAGGAUUUCAGCAUCAAAUCUAUCUGUAAAACGAAAGUUCUUGUUUUAAUUUGGUACGAGUCGUCCAACUUUGUUGUUAUCUCUGCUUGGGGCUACCAAAUUGGGCGUGUUUUAUCCCUUUUGAAUAUCCCCUUUUGGUUGCUUCAUUCCUAUGAAUAAAAGUGGGGUUUUCUUUUUCUUUCUUUUUUUUUUUUCUCUCUCUAUCUGAGACCUUGGUGUUGAUGGGAAGAUGAUGAGAGAAAGCACAUGCAAUGCUGCUUCUUUGGCCUCCACUUCCAUGUCAAAACCAAUUCCAAUGUAUUAUAUUCCUUAUGUUACUGUAAUAACAUUUUAGUUUCUAUGACCUUGUGUCUUUGGCUUC